AUGGCGGCGAUUCGGGGUCAACAAGCGUCAAGAGUGGGUAACAGAAUCGUGGGGCAGAGGAAGAGGCGAGGAUUACUUACCGAUAACAGAUUAGGGUUCGAGCUUCGUCUCUGGGUUUUUUUUACCGGAAUCGAUAGUUCGAGCUUCGUCCCCUUAUCCUCUUCCCCGUCGACGACUGGAAGCGACGCUGGAUCUUGCUAUAAGCUGGUUGAUGGCGAGUCGCCACCUCUGUGUUCGUCAAUUGAGAUGGGUAUGGAGGGAAGUUCGAUGACCAGAUCAAUGAGGCGAGAGGACACGUCGACCAAGGCGAGAUGA